AAAAUGGUGACGCCAACACACUGAUCCAGUCACGUAGAUGAAAGCGGUGUUUAUGGAUCUACCCUCCUCUUUCAGACAACAACUCUUCUCUCUCUCUCUCCUUCCCUAUAAUCAAUCCGUCUGUUAACACGCACUUGAAAUUAUUUUUUAGCACAUACCCCUAUCUUUAGCAUCAUCAUCACCAUCCAUCACCAUUUCCUUGUUUUCACAAACAAAAACCGUUAAUACACAUUGGACCGCCGUUAUUUUUAAUCAAUCUUUUUUGGUAUUCUGUGCUGUUUAAUUUUUCCAAUUUUCAAGGCCACCUCAAUUCAUAAAAUCUGUCAGAUUUUAAGGAGGGAUUUCUCUAAAGUCGGUUGUUUGAUUGCAUAAAGCUCAAUCAUGGUGUUUAAUCCUUUCCUUAGGACCAGGGUUUUCUAGCUACCAACAUCUUUUCGCUUUGAUUUCCCGCUAAAAUUCCCACUUUCAUCAACCUCACUUUUCUAUUGUCAUUAUUUGAAUUGGGUCUUUCAGUUUUUCUCAGAUUAUUAUCUCACACUAACUUUGAAUUCACUGGCUUAUUUCAUCUCAAACUUGUAUCUGAUUUUCAGCCUCAGUUGACUAAGCUAAGGUCUUCUUUUUGAACUAGUUGAAUUGCAAGUUGCAAGUUUGUGGAGUGAACAGUUUUGAAAUCGUUGUCGCGUACUUGCGUGUUAGUUUAACCAGGUGCAAAUGGGCGUCAGUGUUGAAGACUUUCUGGGUUUGAUAUUCUAGGAGGUAAUUUUGUAAGUAAAAUUCAAUGGAAUACUCCUUUGCUCCAAAGGAAAAGGGAAAUAGUAUUUGGGGUUCUAGUUGUCCUCAAUCAGAUAUCCCUAUGGCAGUUGAUAGCGAAGCCAUGAAUUCGACUGAACAUCAUCACUUCGUUAACAUGUCGGAGAUGAUGAAUUUGGAUAGUUUUGGUGGAUGGUGUAACAACCUUUCAACGAAUGAGCAGUUGUUAGCAUCUUAUGCGUAUUCAUCAAUGCCUUCGAAUUAUACUUGUUAUGAUCAACUUAGUUUUGCUGAACAAAGCAAUUCUACAUUUCCUAUGAAUGAUAGUGACUGCAGUACCCUGAAUGUGUUUGGAAGUCCUCUUGAUUAUGUUGAUAAAAUUGUGUUCGCACAUAAAGAUGCACAGCUUAGUCCUCCUUUAGGUUCCUUGGAGGAUAAUGACUGUUCUUCAAAACAAGAGAACAUGUUCAUGCUGUCACAGAAUAGAGUUCCUCGGUCACUUGGGCAGUCGCUCCCUGAGAGGAUGCUUCGUGCAUUAUCAUUAUUUAAAGAGUCAUCCGGAGGAGGGAUUUUGGCUCAAGUGUGGGUUCCAAUCAGAUCUGGAGAUCACCAUAUAUUGAGCACGUGUGAGCAGCCAUACUUGCUUGAUAAAAUGCUGCUAGGUUAUCGCGAAGUAUCUAGGUCAUAUACUUUCUCUGUUGAGCAGAAACCAGGUUCCUUUCCGGGGCUUCCAGGGCGAGUUUUUAUUUCCAAGUUACCAGAGUGGACUUCAAAUGUUAGCUAUUAUAGUUCUGCUGAAUACUUACGGGUUAAACAUGCUCUUGAUCAUGAAGUUCGUGGAUCUGUUGCGUUGCCCAUUUUUAAUUCUGAUGAAAGUUCAUGUGUUGCGGUGUUGGAGCUUGUCACUGUAAGAGAAAAGUCCAACUUUGACUUAGAAAUGGAAUCUGUUUGCCGUGCUCUUGAGGCGGUAGAUUUGAAAACAACUACGCCUUCUCGUCUUCUUCCCCAGCGUCUUUCAUUGAACCAGAAGACUGCCUUGGCGGAGAUAACUGAUGUGUUACGAGCUGUAUGUCAUGCCCAUAGAUUGCCCUUGGCUCUUACAUGGAUCCCCUGUACUUUUGAAGAGAGAGACGGAGAACAAAAACUUAGAGUACAUGUUAAAGAUAAUAGUUUAGAUGUAAACGAAAAGUCCAUAUUGUGCAUUGAAGAGACUGCUUGCUAUGUCAAUGACAAAGAAAUGGAAGGAUUUGUCCAUGCAUGUGCAGAACAUUUUCUUGAGGAAGGCCAAGGUGUUGCUGGAAAAGCCCUUCAAUCAAAUCUCCCUUUCUUCUUCCCUGACGUGAAGAAUUAUCAUAUUAGUGAAUAUCCUCUCGUUCAACAUGCCCGGAAAUUUGGACUAAGUGCUGCUGUUGCAAUUAGGUUAAGGAGCACUUACACUGGAGAUGAUGACUAUAUAUUGGAGUUUUUUCUGCCUUUAAACAUGAAAGGAAACAAGGAGCAGCAACUACUGUUGGAUAGCCUCGCAGGUACCAUGCAGAGAAUAUGCAGGAGCUUGAGGACUGUUACUGAUGAAGAACUGAUUAGUUCUCCAGAUACUAAAGUCGAAUGCUGUGAUGUGUCCAAAAGCUUCCUCCCAAGAGAUGUUUUUUUGACGAGUUCUCCGCAGUUACAUGCUCAAAACGGGUCACAUGGAACUAACCAGGUGUCUUGUGAUAAACCCAGCAUGAGAAAUGAUAAUAUCAACGAAGAUGGUAAUUCUGACCAGGCAAGUGGUUCAAGAAGACCAAUGGAGAAGAAGCGAAGUACAUCAGAGAAAACAGUAAGCCUGAGUGUUUUGCAGCAAUACUUUUCUGGAAGUCUUAAGGAUGCUGCGAAAAACAUUGGCGUUUGUCCGACCACAUUGAAGAGGAUAUGCAGGCAACAUGGUAUCUCAAGAUGGCCUUCACGGAAAAUAAACAAGGUGAAUCGGUCACUGAGAAAAAUCCAAACAGUUCUUGAUUCUGUUGAGGGAGUAGAAGGGGGAUUGAAGUUUGAUCCAAUGACAGGGGAGCUUGUGGCAUCAGGGUCUGUGAUUCAAGAGGCUGGUGCUCGUAAAAGCUUAUUUUUGCCCAGCAAAAGUGUACCUUCUCAACAAUGUGAAGUAGGGAAGCAAAAUGAAAUGUGCUUUUAUGAAAAUGGAGAAAUUCCUAAGGUUAAACCAGAGAAUGGUUCUGAUAUAAUUGAAAGUCAGAAUGAAAUAGGUAUUUCCAGCAAUUUUGUUCAAGAGUUGCGAAAAUCAUCAGGUGUGGAUUAUAUUAAUUUAGUUAGUCACCCAAACAGCUGUGAGAUAGAAAGAAGUGAUGGAGGAGUGAGUGAGCACCAUCAUGCUACUUCUUCAGGUAUGACAGACUCAUCAAAUGCCUCUGGAUCUAUGUGUAGCUCACCCAGACAAUCUAGUAAUGAUAAGAGGAGAAAAUCAGAAGAAAAAAUGAGCAGUGAAGAUGGAAGAUCAAGAAUCACUAUAAAAGUAACAUAUAAGGAAGAUACAGUCCGAUUCAAGUUUGAGCAAUCUACUGGAUGCCUUAACCUCUAUCAAGAAGUUGCAAAUCGAUUCAAUAUCCAGCUUGGAAAUUUCCAACUCAAGUACCUUGAUGAUGAACAAGAAUGGGUGAUGUUAGUAAAUGACUCUGAUUUGCAGGAGUGUCUAGAAAUAAUGGAAUAUCUAGGGAAAAACAGCAUUAAGUUUCUUGUCCGUGAUUUGACUUUUGGUAUGGGCAGUUCAGGCGCUAGCAAUUGCUACUUAACACAAAGUUGCUAAAUCCCAUGCCUUCUCCAAAGUUGAUCAACUAAAGUAGAUAUAGGUUUGUACAGUUGAGUUAGUAGCUUUUUAUAUAUACAUGUGGUAUGAAGCUGAGUAAGGCUAUCCCUCUUCGUAGAAUUUUUUAGUUUCCUAGUUUAAUAUUUUGUAUAGCCAACUUUUUUGAGUGAAUCCAAUAUCAAGUUUUGAAACUUUCAUUUCAUGCCAAAUAAAAAAUCUCUGUUAUAUGUGUAA